GAUUUACGGCCGCUGCUGCGCGCGGUUUUUGCUCUCGCUGGGGAUGGCAGAGCGAGAGAAAAACCAAGAUUUCAUUUUCAAGAUGGAAAGUCCAUCAGACUCAGCUGCGGUUUUACCUAACACUCCUCAGCCUAUGAGUGCAACACUUAGAGAAAGAUUAAGGAAAUCAAGAUCUUCAUUUAAUUCCUGUUACAAUGUGGUGAAACGUCUUAAAGUAGAGAAUGAAGAAAAUGAUCAGACCUUUUCAGGGAAACCAGCAUCUUCCACAGAGGAAAACUGUUUGGAAUUUCAAGAAAGUUUUAAAUACAUAGACAGUGAAUUUGAAGAAAAUACUUUGAAGAAUCUCAGUGUCUGUGAAUCUCAGUCGCUUAAUUCUGGGUCAUGCAGUGCUCUCCAAAAUGAGUUUGUGAAUGAGAAUCUUCCCAAACAAAGAUUAAGCGAUGAAAAAGCCAAAUUGGUGAAGCAGGUUCAGGAAAAAGAAGACCUUCUUCGGAGGCUAAAACUAGUCAAAAUGUAUAGAUCAGAGAAUGAUCUAUCUCAGUUACAGUUGUUAAUAAAGAAGUGGAGAAGAUGUAGCCAACUGUUGCUUUAUGAGUUGCUGUCAGCUGUGUCUGAAGAGAACAAGAAACUAAGCCUUACUCAAUUGAUAGACCACUAUGGGUUAGAUGAUAAAUUGCUACACUAUAACAGAAGUGAAGAAGAAUUUAUAGAUGUUUAAUUCUUGAUAUUUGCUCCAGAAUAUCUUUGAUAAUGACAACUUAAUUAAAAGAUAAUUAUGCAUUUUAAAAGGAAAAUAGAAACCAUUAGGGCUCAGAGGAAGGUAUUCCGAUACACAUCAAUUAAGGGCACUCUAAUAUAUAAAUUAUAAACUAAGUUCUAAAAGGAAAAUUAGUAUUUUGGAUAGAUUGCCAAAGAAAAAUUGACAUUUAUAUCAUGUUUAAAAAGUUAUUUGGGCAGUUCCGGAAACUAUAGUUUUAAUACAUUUGUUUUUUUGUGGCAAAAAGUUUUAUUUUAAAUGUCAAAAAUUGUCCGGUCUGGUGAAUGUCUAAAGUUUAAAAAUUUCUGCCUCUCUCCUAAGUUUAUGCACCUUGUUUCCAUCCAUUUACCACAUAUUUUCAUCUAAAAAUCUAGCAGGUCAUUAAACUCAUAUGUCCAAAACUGUA